UUAGGGCGAAGGCCAAUGGGAGGGCGUGGUGGCGCCAUCAGUGUGCGCUGUGCCGCGGCUGGAAGUUGCUCUGCGGCGGCUGCUGAGAAGGCGGCGGCGGUGGUGGCAGCACCUCAGUCGGCGGCGGAGGGAACAGAAGAUGGUUCUGUGGUGACCUUCUGUGAGGCAGACUUUUUGAAGGGAUUGCCUGUCUACAACAAGAGCAACUUUAGUCGAUUCCAUGCCGACUCCGUGUGCAAGGCUUCGAACCGCCGCCCCUCCGUCUACCUGCCCACCCGGGAGUACCCGUCAGAGCAGAUCAUUGUGACAGAAAAGACAAACAUCCUCCUACGCUACCUACAUCAGCAGUGGGACAAAAAGAAUGCUGCCAAGAAGAGGGACCAGGAGCAGGUGGAGCUGGAGGGCGAGAGCUCAGCACCGCCCCGCAAGGUGGCGCGGACGGACAGCCCGGACAUGCACGAGGACACCUAGGCCACCCGCACCUGCCACCUGCCCUGUGUGUGAGCGCCCACCCUGCCGGCCACCCUGCCGCCCGCUCCACAGCACCUCCAACCUCAUCGGAGCCGAUGUAUUUAUUUUCUGAGUUUUUAUUUAUGCUGUAACACGUGUCACGCGUUGGUUAAGGGGGACUCAGACCCAGUAGUGCGAUGUUGGUAGAUGCUUUUAAAACAGCAUUGUUCUCACCUCCCCACCCAGGCCCCUGCCCGGGACCACGUGUGUCCUCGAGUGUCCAGAGCUGGGGUCUGCAGCACCCUGGCUGGGUGGGCCAGGUGGGGACAGCCGCGCAGCCUGCCGUGUCCCCACGCAGGGCGCCGCGGCCCUCGAUGUUGUUAGCGGUUUUAUCAUGGACUUGCGCGUGCUCCGUGUCCACCCCAAUAAAGGAUCUUUCCUACUCCAC